AUGGCCAUUGUGGACGGCUUCGUCGUGCACAAGAUAAAAAUGCAGAAAGAUGGAAAACCAGUACCAAGCCAUGCAGAGUACAUGCGUCGCUUGCAUGUCGAGCUGUUAGCACUCGCCGCGGCAAGUUUGACCAGUAAUAAGCAGGCAGAAGACUUCGCCUCCGUCCCACUGCCUCCACCUGAAUACCACUUACAAGAACAAGAAAGAAAAUACAAGGACAAGCGACGUCAGCACCUAUGCAAGGAAUCAGCCGAAUCAGACCGGAUCUGA